AUUAUUCGUAGUAACCGUGAAGUAUAAAGUUGAUUCAUUAUUCAAAACCAAAACAUGUUCAAACUGUAUAAUAACCAUAACUUUCAAAGUAGUUUUACGUAUUAACAAUCUUUAGUGUAGGCGAAUAUUUCAAAACAAUAAAAUAUGUUUACAGAAUGGUCGGAAGUAGUGAAAUCGGUAAAGUUUUUGAACACUUUGGGCCGUCGAUUACGGUGAGGCAUUUCGUCUAACAGCCAGGUCUAGAAGAAAUCACCGUUCAUAGAAAAAGAUCCAAUUGGCGGGGAAAAGGAGUGUCGGAAUUGCAGUUUUUUCGUUCUACCUUGAGGAUAAUCACUGAUCCGCUUCCGACGGCAGGUCGGCGGCCACCACGGAUUGGGGAGCCUCGGCGGCUUUGUGCCGCCUCACCCCCUGCAUACUCGAUGUUUACAGCAACGCCGCAAAAUUUAAAAGAAAAUACGAAGAUAAUCUAAACAGUCACCACUCGGUGAGCUGAAUUUAUGUCAAAUGGCUUUAUGCCAAAUGUCAUUCUCCCUUCUGAAUGAUAUAAGCCUCGAGAGCCCAGAGAGACACCUCUAGACAACGGGAAGUUGAAAUUGAUUCGAUCUCGGAAGCGAUAAAAUUCGUCAGUCCCAUCGUUUCGUGCACUGUGUCUGGUAUGUUUUAAUUAAAAACAAACAGAAGUCUUUAGGUACAACCUGUUUGGGAUCCGAUGGAACGAUGAAUUUAAAAAUAUUAAUGGCGGCAGCAAUUAGGGAUUUUAUUAGUUUAGGACUGACAUCGUAAUGCAUUGAAACACUGUUUUAACUGUUGAGAAACAAAAAAUGCAUAUAUUUAUAAAUUUUAUUUUUUCAUUAGUUAACAAUUAUCAUCUAAUCAAUAAUCAAUUUAAAAACGAUUUUACAAAAACAUAUGUUUCCUGCGGAUUCUAUUUUAAUGUAUUUCGUGAUACAAUCAUUCACUUUUAAUAAAUGGAUUUCCUCGGAUGAUGAUGUUUCAAUUAAUAAUCCAUUUUCGGAUACACUAGCAUUGUGAAUUUUGUAAAGAAAAUAAUAUUCGUCGUUGUUUUUUAAUAUUCUGAUUAUCUCACCAAUAAAUGUUUCGUUGACAUUUGAAAAAAAAGAAUCGUUCACAGAAAAGCUAUCUACAUAAGGUACUGGUUUGAAUGUAAAGCCAUUUUUAGUUAAAUAUGAAAUUUCAAAUAUAUCAGAGGAUGGAUCGAAGUAAGCACAUAUAUUUUUUGGGAGAUCCGAAAGGUGAAUUUGGAAUUCUUUCUGUUUAGGCUUUGAUCGCUUGUUCAGGGUUUCACAAAAAUUUCGUAUUUCCGUUGACAAUUUUGUCUUCAAUUUAUUGUCAAACCUUACGCGAGAUAAAUCGUAUCGAUUGGCCAUUUGUAAUAUCGGUUGGUUUGGACCCAUUACACAUUUUUUUAGUACUCCGUUUAUGUCUUCGAAGGGGAACAACGAUGUUGUCCAUAAAGGACCAAAAUUCCUGCAGCAAUCCGCCAAAUGUCUCAGAAGAUGUACAUUAUACGUCAUCUCUUCUAAAGAGUAUAACGUUUCGAACUGUUUGGUAAAUCGUUCCAUUCGAUCAUGGCAUGUUUCUAUUAUUUCUGGCGUAAGCUCAUUCAGCAAGUCUGAUAUCGUUGUAACAAGAAGGCGAUAGUGUUUAUAAUAAAUUGCUGGUAGAUGAGGUUCGAGAAUUGGCGAGCUUAAAUGCAGUAGCCACUGCAGCCACUCAUUUGCCUUCCAAUUAGUUCUGUCGGUGACUUUCCUAAACGCCCUAGAUACUUCAGAAAAUCUUGCUACACAUAACAGGGACUUGUCGAUCAUUGGAAUGCAUUUUUUAAUGUAGCUUGGAGAAGACGGUUUUUCAAACCAUAUUCUAGAUAGCUGUUUAGUUACACCCAGGAGGACACAAUGCAUGUAAUCAACAGGACAUUGUUUUACAAUGUCAAAGGAGGGCAACAGGAUUAAGGGUGAGACACCCUUUACUCCGCGAAUUGUACUCUGUUUUUUUCUGACAAUAUCCAUCGCUAGCAAGGUGUCGUCGAACGUUCGAGGGGGUACAUCUUCUAUGUACCCGUACUUAACCUGUCCCGUCGACGACAUGUUCCCUGGGUGGUGACAAAAACUACAGCCGUCAUACCCAUUAAACUGCUUGAACUUCUGCACCUUACAUCUGGCUUUGGUAUCCGUGCAGCAAGCCACUGUUUUUACAAUCACUGGGGAAGAAAGCCCAAUAUCUAAUCCUGUUGAGCUGAGCUGAGCCAAUUGCUUCAGGAAAGGGACGAGGAAGGUAUCCACAUCUGGUUCUCUAGAAGAAAGCCACAAGCCACCAACUAAAGCAUUCUGACGCAAGAAACGCAGGUGAGGCGGUAAAUCAUUAACGAUAGCGAGGAUCGGCCAAAAAGAUCGUUUUAUAUUACUAUUGAAUAGUUUCACUCCAUCUGUGUUAAAACACAGAGAUAUUUCGCUUUCAGAAACAUUGGUUCUCACAACAGCUGCAUUUGUGAUGUCCGCUAUUUUGGUAUGUCUUGACAUUUUGUUUUUAUAUUCAGUUAUAUGAUCCCAAUGAUUCUUUAAAAUACUUCGAAGAGCUGAGGCAAUUUCAAAAAUAAUGAAGAAUUCAUUGAGCUCAAUUCCACUUUGGCAUUGAUGGCAGCAUCGUUUUUCAAUGCCUAUUGUGUUGAUAACAGGUACAUGAAACAAUAAUGUAGGAGUUAGAAUAAAUAAACAAAAGUAAAAGUAAGAAAAGUCACGUUUUACCAAAAACACUUACCUAAAUAAAUUCCACAUUUACUGCAAAUGUGAUGCCGUACAUAUGAAGGGUUAUUAAAAAAAUUCAAGAAAGUUCUGCCACAUUCAGGAACACAUUUUGCUUUUAAAAUUAAAUUAACCAUCCGCAAGAUAUCCUCGAGAGCAACAAUGCUAAGAUUGUGUCUUAAAAAAAUAUGUAAUACCAUCAUCAUGGCUUCGAAUUUAUUAUCUUCCAAGAUCGGCGAUCCGUUGUUAUCAGCAUUGAAUAAUAUCUAAAAAAGAAAAGGAUUAAUUAAUUGGAAUUCAAUAGGAAUCGUUUGAAAAAUAAUGUUAUACUCCUUACAUCUGAAUCGAUUUGGGGAAAAAAGUACCCGCCUAAUAAUUCCUCAUCCAUUUCAAAAUCGUGCAGCCGAGAUAUGGCUUCGUCCUCUUCGGAAUCCGUGUCACUGAAACACAUUGUCUGAAAUUUUUCAAGAUGUUUCCAAUUAGGUAUAUGCAUAAUCAUUUGAAAAAAAAAUCCUUACAUGCAUUUCAGGUCUGAUCGGGUUUUCACCUUUUUUUUCUGUUUUAUCACCAAUAACCAUUGAAGUAUCCGUCGAAAUACGUCUGUGUUGAUUUGCAGGAAAGCUUUCCAAAGUUUGAUCAGGUUGCCCUGAGUUGUUCGGAAUCGGAACCCGCUGAAAUUAAUCGAAGUGUUUAAAACUUUAAAAUGAUAAUCUGUCUUGCGUUUUAAAGAUUACCUUGAGAUAUUUUCGGGCAUACGGAACCUCCAUAUUUCGGGUAAAUAACGAACUCAUUCUUGAAUUUCUCAUUUUUCCUCAACUUGAUUUUUCAAAUUUCGUUAUGAAAUAUAUCUUCGCUCGAAAAUUCGAAUUACAUACCGUAAUUUCAAUGAAUGAAUUAAAUUAAAUCUUCGGGAACCGAAAUCACCCUAGACGUACACAAUUAAAUGAUAAUGUCAAUAGAAUGGUUUAUCAAAACCUAUCAUACAACGAUAUAAUUUAUAGUUUAUUCACAAUAUUUUACCUUAUUUCACAAUUUUUCUUCGUGUUCAAGUAAUCCAAUUUAUAGUGUUUUACAAUAAGCGUGUGCGGUUUGUUUAUCGGUAAAUUUAUCGUUGCCAAGCUGAAGUGAAAAUUUCUUGCUUUCUUUUAGAUUUGUCGGAAAAAAGUGAAAAUUUAGUUGACGCUGUCUAACACUAACCGAAAAAAAAAUGUCUCAAAAGCGUACAUACACUAGAGACAAUGUGGCUCUAACCUCGAAACAAUUGAUCCCGGGAGGAGGCGCGGAAGAUUUGGAUAACGCUGUAUUUACAGAAGAUGUGGAGCUAGACAUUUCUGUGGCUCAAAUACAGAAAAUAAAUGCUGCGUCACCAAAGCACAUUGGGCAGUUUGUGCAAAACUUGGUGUUGCACCUGUACGGUCCAGAAGAACUGAGAUCUAGAACGGUUACUGCAAAAAACACCAUAACUAAAAAAGAUAAAACUCUGAAGCCAAUUUCUCCAUCUAAGAUGGAUUUUAUAUAUAAAAAGGCCCUCGAGAGAGCUGCACUUGAUGUGGGAACGACAAAUUUUUCCGAGCAGCAGCUAAUGGCCAAUAAGACAUUAGUUAAUCGAGCCAUUGCUGAGAAAAUUUCGAAUUUAAGAAAGGCGUAUAAACUUUCAAUGGCUAAAACGUUGAGCACUGCCAAUUAAUUUUAUAUUUCAAAUAUUUGAACUUUUUUUUAUAACUGACAUUUAUUUGCUUUGAAGUUAAAGCUUUGAUUAUCAUAACCGAUGUUCAUAAAAGCAUUCGGUUUCGUUUAUGUUUUUUUUAAAAGUUGUUUUGCAUUUUAAUGAAAUAAAAAAAUGAAUAAUAGUACACAAAUUAUUUCUUGAUUAAAUGCUUGGAAGAAAUUCCUGUUCUGAUCACAUUUGGUAUCUGCCCUAGAACUUUCAGAGAAAAAAAAAAUGAAAAUUGUUUUGACCGAUGAAGCAUCUAUAAAGGUAAGAUUACGACUCCCCCUAUGUAACAUACUAUAUUUUGUUUUACCCCCAUGAAAAAUAAUUUGUAAUAUUUUGUAAUACAAUCAAAGUUGCUAAAAAGCUUGGUUAAAAAUAAUUUAUUCUUCAUGAUGUGAUCAUAUUCUAGCAUAUUUUUAAUGGUUUUUUUUACAAAAGAAAAUUUUCUACGGUACUUUUAUAACCAAUCAGUAAACGCAUUGAAAAACAAGCAAUCCUAAACUAAAACCUAAAACCGAAAACUAAAACCUUAAGUUUAUUGUAGUUUAUAAUGAAAUAUUGCUUCGUUUCCAUCCAUAAAAAUUGAUUUAUUCAUAGUAAACCAUGAAAUUGUAUGGUUAAAACAAUAUUCAUGAACCAUCAAUUAACCUUGAUUUCUAUAUUCUAAAAAACGAUGAAAAUCAAUGAAUAUUCAUGGUUUUAUAAUGAAAAACUGGAAGCUGUUAUGACCAUGAACUUUAUAUUUUUGAGCUUUCCAAUGUAUGGAGAAUCGCCAUUUUUUUCAUGGUCACGCUGCAUAACAAUACCCCUUUUUCAUGGUUAUUUUGGCCAAAACGAUGAAACGUAUGGUCGAAAACUAUGAAUUCCAAUGUGCAUUCACGGUAUUGAGGACGAUAAUAAUCAUUGUGUAAACAAUACAAUUCAUAGUCUGUGAAUAUGGAAUUCAUAGUUUUUUCACGGUGCAAU